AUGGAGGAUUGGACUAUCCAGCCAGAAUUGCUUCAAAAGAGCCCAGAUAACAUCGAAAAGUUUCUUAACUCUUUCUCCGGUUUGAUGCUAUGCAAAGCUGUGUUGAGUGUGUCCUGGUCUCGCGACUUGGACUUGAUGUCGAGGAACCAUAGGACGAUAGACAAUCUGGUUGUGAACUUCGGAGAUCAAGGGCGCCGUCUUGUGGGAUUCGACUCGCUAUUCAUGCCUACCGCUGACAAGUUUGUGGAGUUUCCUCUGCUUGACGCUGUGGAGGCCAUUUAUAUGCCAGGUCGUGUGGGGAUGUACAAUCGCUCGAAUGGUCGCCGCAGUCCUGGUGGGAUGCCGACGACAAAGUCGUUCUAG